UAAAACCAUCCCCUCUCCCCAAUUCAAUCAAUCACACAGCCAACAUCAACAAGAAGAAUUCAAUCCAAAUCUAAUCAGAUCGAAGAAGAUGAAUUCCAUGUUCAGUUUGUUCGAUGCCUUCGCCGCUGAGUUAUUGAUGGCCAAAACAUUUAGGGCUUCUUCGUCCUUCGCUCCAAACAAUGGCAGUGGUGGCUCCGUGAAGUCUCCGCCGAGCAACGCGGCGCCGGACAACCUGGAACAGCCCAAAUCCAACAAGAAUUCGCUUCUCCGGCCGCCGAGGUUGGCGCCGGAGUUCGACGGCCUCAAUUGCUUCGAGACUCUCGUCUCCUACUGAGUAUUCAUCACUUCAAACUUCAAAUCUAACUCAUUAUUUUCUUCUCUUUUUAAGAAAAUUUUAGGUAUAAGYUUAUACGAGAUUUCGAGUAGAUGUGCGUUCGUUGCUCUGUUCGGAUUCUCUGCUUUUGUUUUCUUCCUAUUCUAUAUAAAUCAAAUCAAAUCAAAUCACGCCGUUCGUUGAUUGCUCUUCUUCCAUGUCUUCA